AUGCAUGAGCUUACUCUAUGUAAAAGAAACUACCGCCUGAAAAAGAGGCCCAGAAGGGAAGAUGCAAACGUAGACCAAAAGCUAGAAAGAUUGAAAGAGCAACUACUGACGAAAUUGGGAGCACGAGACAGCAGCAGUCCCCUAUUGCCAACCUUAUCGCCGUUUGUGAAACGGGUUCAACAAGAAACCAUACCAAAGAAGUUCAUGAUGCCAACUAUGGCAGCCUAUGAUAGAAUGGGAAACCCUCAAGAGCACGUUCUGAACUACAAGACAUUCAUGGAGUUGCAGACCCAUUCGGAUGUCCUGAUGUGUAAGGUCUUCCCAACUACCUUAACAGGAUCAGACUGGGCAUGGUUUAACAACUUGGAAUUGGGGAGCAUCCAGAACCUCAUAAACUUGGCUAGUGUAUUCAUCAGCAGAUUCAUUAUUGGGGUUUCUGCAGAAAGAAAAAUGAGCUACCUAAAAACCGUGUGCCAGAGGAGGAAUGAAUCCCUGAGAGAGUAUGUGGCCAUAUUCAACUCCAAGGCUUUGCAGAUACCCGAGUUAGAUGAGCGACGGCUGGGUGACAGAGAAAGAAGCAGGGGUGAAGAGGACAAGAGACAAGAUAGGUUAGAGAGGAGAUUGGACCGGGGGCCGGAGACAUUGAACAGAAGCAGGGGUGAAGAGGACAAGAGACAAGAUAGGUUAGAGAGGAGAUUGGACCGGGGGCUGGAGACAUUGAACAAACACCGAUGGGAAAUAAAGGAACAGAGACCUUAUCAACUCCGACUCCCCGCCGAAGUCACUCUCCUCAAUGUGUCCAAAGACGAAGUGCUCUUAGCAGUCCAAGACAAGGAUUUUGUGCAAGGGCCUAAGCCCAUGAAAGCAGAUGCAAGCAGAAUGGACCUGGAUAAAUACUGCCAAUACCACAGAACCCGUGGCCAUGACAUGAAUGACUGCUAUUAG